AUGGUAAUGGCCACUUCGAUUGCCGAUUUAGCCUCGUCAGAGGUUCGAGCCGAUUCCCCUGUCACUGCCGGUGCAGGUCCUAUAGAGUUGACAGUCGAUGAUUUAGACAAGCACAUUGAAACAUUGAUGAAAUGUGAGCUGAUUUCGGAACAGGAUGUAAAGUCAUUGUGUUCGAAAGCACGAGAAAUACUAGUCCAAGAAGGAAAUGUUCAAGUGAUAGAUUCGCCAGUUACGAUAUGUGGUGAUAUUCACGGCCAAUUUUAUGAUCUCAUGGAGUUAUUCAAGGUUGGAGGUCAAAUACCUGACACAAAUUAUCUUUUUCUCGGAGAUUUCGUAGAUCGUGGAUUUUAUUCUGUAGAAACUUUUCUUCUAUUACUCGCAUUAAAAGUACGAUAUCCAGACCGAAUGAUGCUUAUUAGAGGAAAUCAUGAAAGUCGACAGAUCACGCAGGUGUACGGGUUUUAUGAUGAAUGUUUACGGAAGUAUGGUAGUGCAGCAGUAUGGAAAGCUUGUACAGAAGUAUUCGACUACCUCUCACUUUCAGCUGUUAUAGAUGGAAAGGCCUUUUGUGUACAUGGAGGUCUGUCACCGUCUAUUCAAACCUUGGACCAAAUACGAGUAAUUGACCGAAAACAAGAGGUACCACACGAUGGUCCAAUGUGUGACUUGUUGUGGUCAGAUCCAGAAGAUUCAUCAGUAGGAUGGGGAAUGAGCCCUCGAGGGGCAGGCUAUCUCUUUGGAGCGGAUGUUGUCAAGACAUUCUGUGAUACGAAUGGUGUUGAUCUCAUAUGCCGAGCACAUCAGUUAGUCAUGGAAGGCUAUAAGUGGCAUUUCAACGACAGUGUGUUGACGGUAUGGUCAGCACCGAACUAUUGUUAUCGAUGUGGGAAUGUAGCUGCCAUACUUGAACUCGAUGAACAAUUAAAUAAGGAGUUCACGAUAUUUGAAGCAGCACCUCAAGUGAGUGUUCCAUCAAGUUUUCAUUUCUGUUUUCCCUGUGUUCUCAAACAUCACGAA